CGCUGUGGAGCUGUGUCGGGCAGCAGGAGGAGCCGCCGACAGAAAACACGGAUUCAAAGAAAAGACCCGAAUGCAGAAAUUUGGCUUUUUGAAUUUUACCGGAAGAAACGACCGAGCGGUUUUCACCUGAAGCGUUUUGAUUUGGACAGAAAGGGUGUUGACUACGGAAGCAGCAACCCCCCUCCCCAAAAAAAAAACCCACCGGGAGGGAAUCGGCAAAGAGGGAAAGAGCCAGGCCUCGUAUGUUAUUGGAGAAACUGACUCCGUGCUGGCAGCCUCCUCCAUGUUAAUGUAAUGGAAACGCGUUUUGGUCACCCCCGGUAGCAUCUGAAAUGCAUCAGCGGAAAUAUAUCAGCAACUCCCAUGGCUAAUUGUAUCAAGCGGCGGUGGCUCGAGUUUGCCAGUGGAUGCACUCUAGAGCCGGGUGCCUUGCCAUGCCCAGCGCCAUGCUAAAGCAACACACUCAUAAUAACAAGGAGCACUCGGUUCAUCCAGUGGGGAAGCUGUGGAAAAAGUUGGUGGAAAAUCUAUGGUUUGAGCCUCAAUUUUGAUUUCCUUUUUUAUUUUUUUAUUUUGACCUAGAUAUUCUGUAACGCACCGAAGCUCGGCUGCUUUUCCUGCCAUCUGCAGCAGCUCUCUGCUUUCACUCACUCACUCUGGCUUUUUCUCAACAUCAAGGACGGUGAGACCUGCUUUUUUUCUGAGAGGCACAAUUUCAGCCGGAGAAAUGGAUGUUCAAAUUUACAGCCGACCUUUGUUGGAGUUGAGAAUGUGAGGGGCAGAAUGACGGGACCCCUAUGAAGAGAAGGAACAGCAGCAGUAGAUCAAAAUGGCCCAAACCAGUUUGCUGCAGGGGAAACGCUUUUACUGCCGGGAGUGGGUCUUCCAUAAGAUCCAGCAUUGCCUCCAGGAGAAAACCAACAACCUCAGCGGAGUGACCAGCACUCCCAGCAAGCAGCCCCCGCUGACGCCCGGCGGGGGUGCGUCCAACCCCGGCACCCUGACAGCAGGAUCCACAAAGUCAGGUAGCUCCUGGGGGGUGUUGCUGGUGGGGGGUCCAGGAAGCGGGAAAACGGCUUUAUGCACUGAGCUGUUGUGGCCCACAUCGGCUCAGGGAACACAUCGCGGCCUGCAGCAGCAGAGCCUGGCCUUCCACUUCUGCCGGGCGGACGACUCGGACACGCUGUGCGUCGGCGGGUUCAUCCGAGGUCUGGUGGCUCAGAUCUGCCGCAGCGGGCUGGUGCCGGGAUACGAGGAGAAGGUGCGCGACCCAGCUGUGCAGAGCACUUUGCAGCCUGGAGAGUGUGAGAGGAACCCCACAGAGGCAUUUAAGAGAUGUGUCCUGCUGCCUCUCCUGAGCGUUAAGCCUCCUCAGCAGUCUCUCUUCCUGCUGGUGGACUCCAUCGACGAGGGCUGUCAGCUGGGCGAGGGGGAGCAGAGGUCCUCCCUCGGCUCCCCCAGGACCAUCGCGGAGCUCCUGGCCAGUCAUCAUGAGUUCCUGCCUCCUUGGCUGCUCCUCAUCUGCUCCGCGCGCAGACAGAAUAAGGCCAUCACGAAACUCUUCACAGGAUUCCGCAAAAUCAGCCUUGAUGAUCUGCGCAAAGCCUACAUCGUCAAGGAUGUGCAGCAGUACAUCCUCCACAGGCUUGACCAGGAGGAGGCCCUGAGGCAACACCUGACCAAGGAGACUGCCGAGAUGCUCAACCAACUCCACAUCAAAAGCAGCGGCUGCUUCCUCUACUUGGAGCGAGUGCUAGAUGGCGUGGUGGAGAACUUCAUCAUGCUUCGCGAGAUCCGUGACAUCCCCGGCACACUCAAUGGCCUCUACCUUUGGCUAUGCCAGAGACUAUUUGUGAGAAAACAGUUUGCCAAAGUCCAGCCCAUCCUUAAUGUAAUCCUGGCAACGUGCAGGCCACUGACGGUCAAGGAACUGUACCAUGCAGUCUGGACCAAAAACAUGACUCUGACAAUGGAAGAGUUUCAGAAAAAGAUGGACAUUCUCUCCAAGUUGUUGGUCGACGGCCUUGGGAAUACUAAAAUCCUUUUUCACUACAGUUUUGCAGAGUGGCUACUAGAUGUCAAACAUUGCACCCAGAAGUACUUGUGCAAUGCAGCAGAGGGACACAGGAUGUUGGCGAUGAGUUAUACUUGCCGGGCAAAGCAUCUUAAGCCACUCGAAGUGCAGGAAUUUGCAUUACACCUGGUCAACUCCAAUCUGCAGAUUGAGCCAUUUAAUCUGGCUCUUUGGAUGGUUUGGAAUGGAACUCCUGCUAAGGACUCUCUGACCACCUCCAUACCAAAAGAACAGGAGGUCCUACAACUUCUGGUCAAAGCUGGAGCUCAUGUAAGCAACGAGGAUGACCAUGCAUCAUGUAUUGUACAACAGGCCCUGGAAAGAGAGGACUCAAUACGGACUUUACUUGACAACGGGGCAUCUGUGAACCAGUGUGACUCCAGUGGGAGAACUCUGCUGGCCAACGCUGCAUACAGUGGAAACCUUGAUGUGGUUAACUUGCUCAUAUCUAGAGGGGCCAACAUGGAGCUGGAAGACAACCAUGGACAAACGGCACUUACUCUUGCUGCGAGGCAGGGCCAUACCAAAGUGGUCAACUGCUUAAUUGGCUGUGAGGCCAACAUAAACCACACAGAUCAUGAUGGAUGGACAGCCCUGCGCUCAGCAGCCUGGGGUGGACAUUCAGAGGUUGUAUCUGCUUUGCUUUAUGCUGGUGCCAAAGUGGACUGUGCCGAUGCUGAUGGCAGAACUGCGUUAAGAGCUGCUGCUUGGGGAGGUCAUGAAGACAUAGUGUUGAAUCUUCUUCAGCAUGGGGCUGAGGUCAACAAGGCAGACAAUGAAGGGCGAACAGCUCUCAUUGCUGCAGCAUACAUGGGACACAGAGAGAUCGUUGAGCACCUCUUGGACCAUGGGGCCGAAGUUAACCAUGAAGAUGUGGAUGGAAGGACUGCCCUCUCAGUCGCUGCUCUCUGCGUUCCUGCGAGUAAAGGCCAUGCUUCUGUCGUGAGCCUUCUGAUUGAAAGGGGGGCAGAGGUUGACCACUGUGAUAAAGACUGCAUGACUCCUCUCCUCGUGGCUGGCUAUGAAGGACAUGUCGAUGUAGUUGAUCUGCUCUUGGAAGGUGGGGCUGAUGUGGAUCACACAGACAACAAUGGUCGCACGCCUCUUCUUGCUGCUGCAUCAAUGGGCCAUGCCUCUGUUGUCAACACAUUACUCUUCUGGGGUGCUGCCGUUGAUAGCAUCGACAGUGAGGGAAGGACUGUGCUGAGCAUCGCAUCUGCUCAGGGUAACGUGGAGGUGGUCAGAACUCUGCUGGACAGAGGUCUGGACGAGAAUCACAGGGAUGACGCAGGCUGGACCCCGCUACACAUGGCUUCAUUUGAGGGCCACCGCCAAGUGUGUGAUGCCCUCAUUGAGCAAGGUGCUCGUUGCACAGAGGUUGAUAAUGAUGGUAGAAUACCGCUGAUAUUAGCUGCACAAGAGGGACAUUACGACUGUGUGCAAAUUCUUCUGGAAAACAAGUCAUGCAUUGAUGAGAGGGGAUAUGAUGGGAGGAAUGCUCUCAGGGUGGCUGCACUGGAAGGCCACAGGGACAUUGUUGAACUGCUGCUGAGCCACGGUGCUGAUAUAGAUUACAAAGACGCAGACGGACGCCCAACUCUCUACAUAUUGGCACUUGAAAAUCAGCUGGCCAUGACAGAGUAUUUCCUUGAAAAUGGAGCAAACGUGGAAGCUUGUGACACUGAGGGUAGAACGGCCCUCCACGUGUCCUGCUGGCAAGGGCAUGUCGAAAUGGUGAGGCUGCUGAUUAACUAUCAUGCUGAUGUGAACGCCUGUGACAAUGAGAAGCGAUCUGCCCUCCAGUCUGCUGCAUGGCAAGGACACACAAAAGUUGUGCAAUUUUUGAUAGAGAAUAGCACACAUGUGGAUCAUACAUGCAACCAGGGAGCUACAGCACUAGGCAUAGCUGCACAAGAGGGCCACAUCGAUGUUGUGCAAAUACUUCUCGAAAACGGUGCUGACCCCAACCACGCCGAUCAGUUUGGACGCACAGCAAUGAGAGUGGCAGCAAAAGGUGGCCAUUCAAUGAUAAUAAAACUUUUGGAAAAGUAUGGAGGUACAACUCUAAAUGGCUGCAAUCCCUCCCCAGUCCACACCAUGGAAGAAAAAACACCAUUGUCUGUGACUGGUAAAAUGCAAUCUCUCACCAUUAAAUCAAGCAGCUCUGGCAGCACCGGGGCAGGAGAUAUGCAGUCAUCAGGACGUGGUCUACCCAACGGACCUGUCCAUGCUUUCAGUUCCCCGUCAGAAUCUCCUGAUUCCACAGUAGAUAGACAGAAGUCCUCUCUCUCCAAUAAUUCUCUCAAGAGCUCAAAGAACUCAUCCUUGAGAACCACAUCAUCCACGGCCACAGCACAGACAGUGCCGAUCGACAGUUUUCACGGACUGACGUUCACAGAACAAAUCCAACAACAUUCACUGCCUCGCAGCCGGAGCAGACAGUCUAUUGUGUCCCCUUCUUCGACCACUAAGUCCAUUAGUCAGCAGCCGUCAUCUCCAUCCAAUGACUUUGACUGGUCUCAGUUAAAAUCUGGUCUCAAGUCAACAAAGGGAAGUAAGAACGGAAACGGGACUUCAAACAGUAAAGGAGCACUGGGAGACAAGAAAAAGGUCAAGAACAGCGGAUCAACCCAAGGUCAGGUUCUGGAGUACGAGAUGACGCAGUUCGACAAGAGGAUUGCUCUGAACAAAUCGGUCGCUAACAUUUCAGUGAAGGAUCCACAUUGCAAGAUCAUGAUUGGUGGUUCAAUGCGGCAGGAAAGGGGGCAAAGCCAAGAUCAGUUCUUUAUCCAGCAGCAGAGCUGCUCUGAGAAGAAGAGGAAUGGCAUCAUGACCAACCCCAACUAUCAUCUACAGGGUAAUCAGGUUUUCCUGAGUAGGGUAUCAGUUCCUCGGACUGUACAGAACAGAGGCCACCAGGAUGUUCUAGAGAACUACCCCAUAGGGGAAACCGAGCUAAGCCUUAAACAAGCCCUGAAACUGCAGAUUGAAGGAUCAGACCCUGGUUUUAACUACAAAAAGGAGACUCCAUUAUAGCUGGUAAGAGAUGCUUUUCACAAUAGUUCUCCAGUAUGUGCUCUUGACUUUGGCUUGUCUCUUCAUUUACAGUGGCUAACAAUGAGGCUGAUAACUGACUGUUAGUUGAUACUGGAUUGCACUCAACAAAACCAUCAUUAUUUGGAUUCUAUCAAACUUGCAUGAAGAAUGCCUCAAUCUGGUAAGCAGACCUUCUUUCCUCCUAAACAAAACAGUAACCCAAAUCAUUCCUGUACUAUUUCAGAUGUCUUGAAUGCCAUUCGUCAUGCAGACAUUGGAGGGAAUGUGCCAAAGCAACUGUUUUCAUCUGCAUAAAAAAAUACUAGAUUUCUUUUUGCCAUUAGUGGGAGACCUCAAUAUAAAACCUAGGGAUGAUUGUUGAUUGCUGCCUAAGGCUUAUGUGAACUGAUACAUCAAUGUGCCUACAUCUGUUACAGCCUUCUUCACGUAUUCAUGCAAACUAUCAUUUUAAUUUAAUGUAAUGCUAUUUAAUAAGCAGUGUAUGCACUUUUAAAAGAGUAAAAUGACAGACAUGCAUUUGUUCUAUUCACUUUGUAUCCCAUCCAUGUUUUAUCAAAGUAAUUGUUUGAGAGAAACAUACCAAUGCUUUUUUAUUAUUAUUUUAUAUUAUGUUUGUUCUAUUUUUUUCCACAAUGACAGCAAUGUACCGCUUAGUACAUUGUCACAAGACCAGAGGACAUAACAGUAACUGAUGCCAUGGUAUGAAUUCAAGCGCAUUGAUAGUCUGCCUUUCUAGAGACCCCAGAUAAUCUGUGUUAACCUUGAUCAGUGUGCUAAACCUAUGUUGUGUGUAAUAUGUUAAUAGCUAUGGCAGUUUACUUCACGAGUAUAUACAAGCAUAUUUAUUUUUGGAAAAAAGCCACUUUUGCUGCAUUUUGUGUUGCAUUACGCUCUACCAUGGUGCUGUGUUCAGAAGUUGCCUGCAGUUAUUUUGGACUCCCGAUUUUGUUGGUUUUGUGCGCUUGUGUGUUAUUACUAAGAAAGAGGGAGGUGAAAAUGUUUAAAAAAAAUGUUCAUUUUGUCCCUAUGGGAUUUCUCAAUUGCUUGUGUGUUUAUUAUUUUUUGUGUGCAAAACUAUUUAAAUAACCCAUUGUGUACCGUCAGCAACAGUUUGGUGCUAAAUGCAGCGAUUUCAAGUGAAAGCAGUGAUUUAAAAAAAAAAUGCAUCUGUCCGCAGAGUUACAUGUAUAACCUACCGCAAUGCAAGAAACAAAAUCCAAGCUUUGUUUCAUUCUUGUCAUGUGGUUAAUUUCCAGUAAUUCCUGCUGGAUUUUUCAGGGGCAUGGCUCAAAAGGGUUCAGCCAUUAAGACAACUCAUAGCUGUGAAUGAUAUUGUUUGAAAUGCAGAGUUGGUAAAGCCAAAGUAGAAAUAACAUACUGUAACUCUGUCCCACCUCCUCCCUGUGAGAAGCUUAAUAUCAGUUCAACAAAACUUAACCCCCUGCGGGAGAUGGAGGGGAGGAGGUGCUCGACUGUGACACUGAAGGAACUGAAACAUCUGUUUCUCAUGAACUGUGCAGAGCUGCGUUAGCGUUUACAGGCUGUGUCAUAUUUUUGCAGGCUUUUCAUAUUGUCAACAGUGAGCUAUUUUUUGCCAAGAACUAGGAUCAGGGUGAGUAGAAACCUAUCGCAUGCACAAACACUUAUAAGCCCUAGUGAAAGCUCUCAGCUCUUCAGUACUACAGUAGCUCAAACGUAUGCCAUGAAGGGUCAAUAGAAGGAUUCAAGGCAGGAUCGGGUCUAGAAACAGUGUUGGAAAACAUACUGUAUAGUCUUAUUAAGCAGUUAUCUCGUUUGUCUUGACUGUGUUUUGUCUGUCAUCUUUGAUUUGACUGUCAGUGAUUGGAUUGUAAAUAGCUUAACAUGUACAUUCAACUUUCAUUUAAAAAGAAUUCCUGUAUUAUAUGAAGUGGAAUUUUCUGAUGUAUAUUAAAGUGCUUAAUAAACAUAUUUGCUUUACUGCUGAAAAAGAAA